AUAACGUAUUGAAAACCCUCUAGAUCAAUCCUCUUGUAAUCCUGAGGAACAAUUGCUUAUGACCUUCMAAAUCCUUGCUAAUGUUAAGUUUAGAACUGCUGUUUGCAUAUAAUUAUCAUCAUUGUUUUGGCACAUUAUUAUCAAACAGGUUUGAAACAGCCAAAGAGAGACCUCGUCGGCUUAUCUAUAAUUAACCAAUGUUUUGUAAUAUCACGGCGACUAAGCCAUCCGAUAUAUUCGAGGAAACUUUUGGUUUGUCCUUAAACUCAAACAUUUGAAUUAUAUUAGUGAAUCUGGGCUGUGUUAGAGACCAAGUGGUGGUUAUUAAGAUGUCUUGUUUGCUUGUUGAAAGUGAUAGCUGUGGAUAGCAAGAAGAAACAUUGGACUUCCUGCUAAAGGUGGCAAACGCCAAAGAACAUAAACCCACUGAUGCAUUAUGCUCAGUAUCUCGGCAUCUCGUGGUUCUUAYCCCACUCAACGACGACAAAGGGCUCGAACAGCCCCAGCAAUACCAAUAGAAUCAUUCAGCCCUUCACAGAGAAGAAAAUUAAAGAGAGGUGUUAAAGUUGUCAUCAAUGUCGGAGGCAGAAAAUUUAUCACUUGGAAAGACACCCUUCGUCGUUUUCCAAACACUUUACUCGGAAAUGAAAGAUUAUCAUCGAARUUUUACGACGAAAAUAGGGGAGAAUACUUUAUAGACAGAGAUCCACAUCUAUUUCGAUACAUUUUGAAUUAUUAUCGAAGUGGGAAACUUCAUCGAUCUUUGGAAGACUGUAACGAAAGUUUUGAAGAAGAGUUGCUWUUUUAUGGCAUCGCACCACACGAAAUACACGACUGCUGCUUUGACGAGGACCAAGAGCAGGAGCAACAGGAAGCAGAAAAGAAGAAAAUGGCUGAGGAAGCCACAAAACCAGUUUACAUUCCAGAAACAUACUUUGGAAAGUUUAGGAACUAUAUUUGGAGAUUACUCGAAGGGGAGCUAGAAAAUGGCCCUGGGGCCGUUAUUGGCAUGGGUUUUAUCUACUUUGUCGGAUUAUUCAUUAUUCUUAGCAUUUUUACAACAGUCUACGAAACGGUUCCAUGUAACGACGGAGCAGAGGCUUGUAAACAAAGAACUCGAAUUCUUGAUCUCAUAGAUGCUGUUUGCAUAGGAAUUUUUACCUUCGAGUUUACGGCGCGGUUUCUUGUCUGUCCUGAUUACAGACAGUUCAUUAGAACACCAAUGAAUAUUAUCGAUUUUUUCUCGAUUCUUCCUUUUUAUGCUAGAAUUGUUCUACAAUCUAUAGUUGGCUCAAAUUUGGAAGCUUUAGUGGUACUUCGAGUGUUGAGAAUAGUUCGUGUUUUUAAACUUUCCCGGCAUUCAAAACGACUGCAGAGAUUUGGAGCCGCCAUUGCUUCAUGUAUGCAGGACCUGAUGUCACUGGCGUUUGUUCUUCUUGUGGCAGUAUUAUUGUUUUCCAGUUUUUUGUAUUUUAUCGAACAAGGAGAAGUGGAAGGAAUGUUCACAAGUAUUCCAGAUAGUAUGUGGUAUACAGUGGUCACCAUGAUAACCCUUGGCUACGGUGAUAUGGUCCCGUCCACUAUCCCUGGACAGUUUAUUGGCGCUGUGUGCUGUGUGUCCGGUGUUAUCCUCAUUGCUCUACCAAUACCUAUCAUCCAAGAGAAGGACAUCUUCAAGAAAAACAUGCUGAAUGUUUACAAUGUUGACGACUUGAGGAAAAAGAUUGAUAAAAUGAAGACAGGCACUUCAGAAGAUGAUAACGUUUAACAAGAAAAGCUGCUGUUGCCGUUGGUAAAUCAUUUGUCUUCGUGUGAACACUUCGUGUCUUCACUUYUGUAAUACAGGCUUACGCACGAUACAACUUUUGCCAACAUCCAUCCCUUGCAACAUGCCUAAGUCAUCCUUACGAAAUGGCUGCAAUCAUAAUAUGGCUUUUAAACAAUUAUUUUUAGUCUCUACGACAUCCAUGUUGUAAAGACGACUUCGGCAGGCUGCAUGYAAUGCUUGUUAGCAAAACUUGUGCCGUCUAAGUCGGUCAUCAUUUCCAAAGGGUCUACCUUACAAAACACGCGUCAAAAUUACAUUCAACUAAAAAAGUUCCCCCCCCCCCCCCAAAAAGCAAAAAAAAAAUCAGCAUUAGGAUCUAAAGCGAGAAUAUGAAAAUGCAGUCAAGUAAGCAGCUGCAACUUCAAAGUGUGAUUCGGCCAUGAUUUAAUGCUCUGAUCAUCUUURCAAUUUUAUAUUUCUGAGAGAAAGGUCAAGCAUUUUCACAAGUCUACUGCUCACAAUAACAUAUCAAUUAAGGUUUCCAGGACUUGUAACCCUUCAUUUUUUUUAAAAAUCCUUCUGCCUGCAGAAAAUCUUAAAAUUUCUCAUAAAAUUUUCUCAAAAAUAUUUCUCUUAACUAAUGGAAAGAAAAUAUUUUGCUUUGACCUUGGUUGUCACUUUCCUAGUUAUCAAACUACACAAAUAACAUUGGAAAUUUAGUUAAGAGUUUUCUAAGAAUUUACGACAGGAUUCAGUAUUCUAUGAAGAAUAUAAAACUGCAAUUUAUAUUUGACCCCUUGAAAAUAUUUAUUUCUACAAAGUUUUUUUUUACAAAGUUUGUUCAUAUCAAAUUUUUAUUCGAUACUUCUUUUUCUAGAAGUUGUAUUCUUAACGGUUAAAAUUGUUUGAGUACCAUUGAAAGGUCCUAUAGAGCUGUGUUAUUCAAUAAUUCAAAUAUAAGUGUGAUUUCUCUUGACUUCAAUGGUCUUCUAGAACCGUUACGAAAUAAGGAUUAUUCCAUCAGGCAGAAGCUUACCAAGGGAAUUAAAACGCAUUUAACAAAUCUGGCGUAUAACGUGCUUAGAAAAUCGUCUUGAACAUAAAAGCCUAUUUGGGGAAACAGAAGUAUAUUAAGAUCUGGGGUGCUUUCCAUUCGACAGAACUGACUGGCCAGAUCCAAAGAUUAUUUCAUUAUUAAUGAUUCCAAUUCAGUUAGAAGAAUGAAUUUCUAAAUUCAAUUCAUGAGAAUAGUGAAAAACUUGAAAAAUUAAUGAAAACUCUUGACAAAAGGUUUGAUCGGUCAGUCCGGCCAGUUCCGACUAAAUGGAAUUCGCCCCUGUUCACAAAUUCAAGAUCCGUCUCCAAACGACAUGCAUAGAUUUCAGACAACUCAAAGCUUGUCCAUGCAUUUCAUUGGAAUUGUUAGUGUCUWUAAACAGCUGUAAAUCGUGAACUGUUGAUCUGGUUMACCCCAAAUUUUGAAAUUCUMUAGUGUAUAGUACUWUCUUUUGUGACAAUUUUCUUCACCAUCAUGCUAGUGUGCAAUUUGCAGCGACGCCAUGAUGGGAAAUGUCAUCCUCGCACUUCYUUACGWCCUCUAGUUUACAUCAGGAGAUAAAAGGGUGUAAGGACUACGUACAUUUCUCAACCUGGUUGUAAUAAUAUGGCGUUCUUGUACACUAAUAAGGGAYGYUUACCCAUAAAAGCUGACAACGAAGUAAAAAUAUAGUUCGGAUUGUUUCAAUCUCUUAUCAGCUUCUGCUCGAUUACUGUGUUUUAUAUUUUUGAGUGUGAGUGAGAUAUCACCUUACUUGAUAUCAUAUUGUACAUAAAUGACUGAAGUGUGUAUUGUGGUUUUGAUAUUAAAGCGAUUUUACUAAA